AUGUACUCCGACUUGGACCCAAUCUACAAUGAAUUCCAACGAUCCAUGAUUGGUAUCGGAAUGAUUGCGAACAUUCUCCUGAUAAACCUUAUCAUUUUUCGAUCUCCUAAAGAUUUAGGGCUCUAUAAGUAUCUAAUGAUUUAUAUCUCCUGCUUUGAACUAUUCUACGCCGUUUUGGAAUUUCUGAUGGUCCCUGAGUUGCUAACUUUGGAUUCUUCGUUUUACGUGAUGAUGGAUCCGAAAAAGUCUUUUUUGCCAGAAAGUUGGUUGCAAGCAGCGGAUUUAAUCUACUGCGGCUCGUUUGCUGUCUCCCUUGUCAUCUUCGGUUGCCAAUUUGCUUAUCGUUAUCAUGUUUUGAAGGGAAACCGCUCCUGGACAGCCAGUACCCCAUUAAACUUCGUUUUCUGGUUUACUACGCCAGUGGCUCUGGCGUCAUUCUAUUCAUAUUUUGUAUGGGUGUUUAUGCAGAGGAAUGAGUAUACAGACAAAGUUUUGAGAGAAGUGGGUUACUGUAACGAUCAAAAGUUCGGAUUUCUGGGAUUGAUCUUCUAUCCGAAAUUGGCGAAUGGGACGCAAAUUGUAAACUGGGAUUCGUUUAUAGGAGUAUCGGUGACCACUGGAACCUUGCUUGCCUCCGAAUUCACAAUGAUCUAUUUCGCUUAUAAAUGUUUCCAAGCCACGAGAAUCUUCAUUAUUCGCUCAUGCUGCUCUCCGAAAUCUCGACGCCUUCACUGGCAAUUCUUCUACGCCCUUGUUGCUCAAACAAUCAUUCCAAUUCUUUUCAUGCAAAUUCCUAUGACCCUGAUCUACACAUCUACCAUUGUUUUCAGAAGUUCCAUUCCAGAAAUAGGCCAUUUCCAAUCUCUAACCAUCCCUAUUUACCUUGCUAUUGAUGCCUUUCCUACUAUUUUGAUAGUUAGACCAUAUCGCGAUACGGUAGUCAGGGUUAUUUGCUUCUGGAGGAAACAAAAAAUCGCGCCAAGGCUAACAAACUCUAGCAAUUCAAAGUCUUUGCAACCGUCGAUGUCUAAUUUUUGA